AUGGCUACUCCUAACGGUGUUGACGGUGCAAAGGCAGCCGGUGGCCUUUCUGCCAAUGACAACAUCACCCGCUUCGCCGCCCCCAGCCGACCAUUGAGUCCUCUUCCUGAACACGCUCUUUUCAACGAGAAGACGAGAUGUUUCGUCUACGGUCUGCAACCCCGCGCCGUGCAGGGUAUGCUCGACUUCGACUUCAUCUGCAAGCGUGCAACUCCUUCGGUAGCCGGCAUCAUCUACACUUUCGGUGGCCAGUUCGUCAGCAAGAUGUACUGGGGCACCAGCGAGACUCUGCUGCCCGUCUACCAGCAGGUAGAGAAGGCCAUGGCGAAGCACCCUGAGGUUGACGUCGUCGUCAACUUUGCUUCCUCGCGCAGUGUCUACAGCUCCACAAUGGAGUUGAUGGAGCACCCCCAGAUCAAGACUAUUGCCAUCAUUGCUGAGGGUGUCCCUGAGCGACGUGCACGGGAAAUCGCACACGUUGCUCGCAAGAAGGGUGUCCAGAUCAUUGGUCCCGCCACUGUCGGUGGUAUCAAGCCCGGCAGCUUCAAAAUUGGUAACACCGGCGGUAUGAUGGACAACAUUGUUGCCUCCAAGUUGUAUCGCAAGGGCUCCGUUGGCUACGUCUCCAAGUCUGGUGGCAUGUCCAACGAGCUGAACAAUAUCAUCUCGCAAACUACCGACGGUGUCUACGAAGGCAUUGCCAUUGGUGGUGACCGCUACCCCGGUACCACUUUCAUUGACCACAUGCUGAGAUACCAGGCUGAUCCUGACUGCAAGAUCCUCGUCCUGCUCGGCGAGGUUGGUGGAGUAGAGGAAUACAAGGUCAUUGAGGCCGUCAAGAAGGGUGUCAUUACCAAGCCCAUUGUUGCGUGGGCCAUUGGUACAUGCGCUAGCAUGUUCAAAACUGAAGUUCAAUUUGGUCACGCAGGCUCUUUCGCCAACUCUCAGCUUGAGACUGCUGCCACCAAGAACAAGACGAUGAAGGAAGCCGGCAUUUUCGUUCCCGACACCUUUGAGGACAUGCCGCAGGUCCUCAAGUCCGUAUACGAGAAGCUCGUCAAGGAAGGAACAAUUGUUCCCCAACCCGAGCCGAUCGUCCCCAAGAUCCCCAUUGACUACUCGUGGGCCCAAGAGCUUGGUCUCAUCCGAAAGCCCGCUGCGUUCAUUUCCACCAUCUCGGAUGAUCGUGGACAAGAACUUCUGUACGCCGGCAUGCCCAUCUCUGACGUCUUCAGGGAGGACAUUGGUAUCGGUGGUGUCAUGUCUUUGCUGUGGUUCCGCCGCCGCCUGCCUGAAUAUGCCUCCAAGUUCUUGGAGAUGGUUCUCAUGCUUACUGCCGAUCACGGUCCAGCUGUUUCGGGUGCCAUGAACACCAUCAUUACCACUCGUGCCGGCAAGGACCUCAUCAGCGCCCUCGUUUCGGGUCUGCUCACGAUCGGUUCCCGAUUCGGCGGGGCCCUUGAUGGUGCUGCCGAGGAAUUCACCAAGGCCCAAUCCAAGGGUCUGAGCCCCCGUGAAUUCGUCGACGUGAUGCGCAAGCAGAAUAAGCUUAUCCCGGGUAUUGGUCACCGUAUCAAGUCGCGAAAUAACCCUGAUCUGCGUGUGGAACUUGUUAAGGAGUAUGUUCUGAAGAACUUCCCCAACCACGAGCUGCUCGACUACGCCUUGGCAGUCGAAACGGUCACCACGUCGAAGAAGGAUAACCUGAUUCUGAACGUUGAUGGCUGCGUUGCUGUCUGCUUCGUGGAUCUGAUGCGCAACUGCGGUGCAUUCAGCCCCGAAGAGGCUGAGGACUACAUGAGCAUGGGUGUCCUGAACGGUCUGUUCGUUCUCGGACGAUCGAUCGGUUUGAUUGCCCAUUACCUUGACCAGAAGCGACUACGCACUGGUCUCUACAGACAUCCUUGGGAUGAUAUUACGUACCUGCUGCCCACCCUGGGCGCCGCUGGUCCGGUGGGCGAGAGCCGAGUGGAGGUGUCGGUCAAAUAG